GCCAAAGCCUCGCAAGAACCUCUCCUUCUCCCUCCCUCCCCCCUUCCCAUGGAGCUCGCCUUCCCUCCCUUCCCCUCUCUUCUCCCCAAAUCCCACCACCUGCAGCCCCAGCCGCCCUCCCGGUCUCGCCCUGGCCGCCUCCAAGAACCGGUCAUGGCUCUCGCCCAAGCUCCGCCGCCCUGGCUGGCACUCUCGCUCGACGAGGCGAGAAGCGUCCAUGUCCCUCACCACGCGCGGCCCGUCCAAGAGACGAGAGCUCGCCCGCACGCCUCCGCCGCGCGCAGGGAGCCCCGGUUCGUCUCGGAGACCAAGCUCAUCACGUUCCACUCCUCCGCGGGGCGCCUGGGCGCCGCCCGCAAGGUGUUCGACGGAAUGGGCCACAGGGACCUGCUCGCCUGGUCGGCCAUGAUCGGCGCGUACGCCACCAGGGGCAUCUUCGACGAGGUCCUCGCGCUCGCGGUGAGCAUGAUCAGGGAAGGCGUGCUCCCCGACAGGUUCCUCAUCACUCGGAUUCUGCAGGCGUGUGCCUACGCCGAGGAUCAGAGGCUCGGGAGCGUGCUGCACUCCAUGGCCAUCCGGAGAGGGUUUAUGGGCAGGGUAAAGGAUGUGCCUGUGGGGAACUCGGUGCUGGUGAUGUAUGUCAAGUGUGGAGAACUGGGACGUGCGCGCGCGGUGUUUGACAAGAUGAGGCGCCGGGACCUGGGCACAUGGAACUCGAUGAUCUUCGGGUGUUGCCGGUCUUGCGAGUGGGAUGAAGCACGGAGGCUUCUUGAUGAUAUGAGGCGGGAAGGGACAGAGCCAGGGGUUGUCACAUGGAACACAUUGAUUUCGAGCUAUGCCAGGUCUGGGGAUCUUGAUGUGGCCGUGGACCUGCUGGGACAGAUGGAAGAGUGUGGAGUGGAACCAGAUGUUGUCACGUGGACAAGCCUUGUGUCAGGUUUCGUUCAUAGCGAUAGAGGGGAUGAGGCACUUCAGUGGUUUAUCCGGAUGCGUGUGGCUGGAGUGGAACCAAAUGGCAUGACAAUUGCAUGUGCCAUCUCAGCUUGUGCGAGUUUGAAGUUAUUGAGACAGGGAAGCGAGCUCCAUUGCCAUGCGAUUAAGAUUGGGGCUGUAAACAAUGUCUUGUCAGGGAACUCCUUGGUUGACAUGUAUGCUAAAUGUGGCGAAAUUGUCGCAGCAUAUAGAAUAUUUAACGAGAUACCCGACAAGGAUAUAUUCUCCUGGAAUUCAAUGAUUGCAGGGUAUGCACAAGCGGGAUACUGUGGCAAGGCAUACGAAUUCUUCUGUAAGAUGGAGAGUUAUGGUAUCCAGCGCAAUGUGAUAACCUGGAAUACAAUGAUAUCAGGGUACAUACGGAAUGGGGACGAUGAGAGAGCUUUUGAACUAUUCCAGACCAUGGAAAGUUAUGGAAUGAAAAAGGACACAGCUUCCUGGAACAUACUCAUUGCUGGUUCAGUGCAUAACGGAUAUUUUGAUAGAGCCCUAAGAAUAUUUCGGCAGAUGCAGUCAGUUCUGAUAAAGCCCGACUACAUUACAAUCCUAAGUAUCAUCCCAGCAUUCGCAAAUCUGGUGGCAGCGUGGAAAGUACGGGAGAUCCAUGCCUGUAUUUUUCACCACAACUUAGAAAUGGAUGGGAAAAUUGCAAAUGCGCUUAUUAAUGCCUAUUCAAAAUCUGGUGAUCUGGCUGGUGCUUGUGCUGUUUUUGAUAGGCACUCGUCAAGGAAUACUAUUUCAUGGAAUUGCAUCAUUGUUGCACAUUUGCUGCAUGGGUCUCCUACUAAAGUAGUGGAUUACUUCUUUAAAAUGAAGCAACAAGGUGUACUGCCAGAUCAUGCAACUUUAACAGCUGUUAUCAAGGCCUAUGGUAUGGAGGGUAUGGUAUCUGAAGGGAGAGAAGUAUUUCUCAAUAUGGACAAAGACUAUAAUGUAACUCCAGAUUUAGAUCAUUAUGCAGCAAUGGUAGACCUUCUUGGACGGUCUGGGAGACUGCAAGAGGCAUAUGCACUUAUUGAUGAAAUGCCACUCACACCCAAUUUAACACUGUGGGAGUCAUUACUAACCUCAGCAAGAAUGCAUGGAAAUGUAAGGCUGGCACUACUGGCGGCUACAGAGAUGUCAAUGAUUGAACCCAAUGAUCCUAUAAUCCAAGUAGUGGUUUCUAAUCUGCAGGAUCUUGCUGGAAAAUCUUUUGAUGUGCCAAAGGUGACAGUACACGGCAAGGAAAGAAUGUUCGGUGGGGUUGAGAGUUGUUCAACAGAAAUCAGAAAUAUGGUAUAUUUAUUCUCAACUGGUGAUAAGGUUGCCUCGGAGGAUGUAGCAGCUGAAUUAAAAUUGAUGAUGGUUCAGACAGGACUUUCUAUGCUUAGCGCUGGUAAUGGAGCUCUAGAAGUUGAAGAAGAAAAGGAAGAAGUUGCGGGACUCCAUUGCGAGAAAUUAGCAAUUAUUGCUGGGAUUUCUAAUUCCCCUCCUUUCAGAAGCAUACGGAUAAUCAAAACUGCAAGGAUGUGUAACCAUUGUCACACCUUCGCUAAGUUAGUUUCGGAGAAGUAUGGGCGUCAGAUACUGAUCAAGGAUCCGAAGUAUUUGCACAAGUUUGAGAAUGGAAAUUGCUCUUGUGAAGAUUAUUGGUAAACUCAACGGGUAUAAGUCAGCUGGGCAAAUGAGGCUGCCAGGUGGCUAGGCUGAAAUGUUCCAGAUGUAGGAAUACAGCCAGCUAACUUCAUGAACAAGUGUUUUCAUCAUGUUUUUAGAUCACAUACCUCAGCAAGCAGUUGCAUUGUAUUUGAAUUUCAUCGACACUAAAUAUGUCAUCAACGCUGGUAUAAAGUUCACACUUGGCACUUGGAGGUUGGCCUUUCCAGGAAUUCUAUCUCCGGAUAAAAUAUUAUUGCUCCCGCAUCAUUAAAACAAAGCCAUUCAGAAGAUACAUGCUCCCAGCAUUAGUGAAUUCAUUGUAAAUGAAUUGGUAGAAAAGAUCACUGCAAGUGGCACAACAUACAACAUUCUGCAUAUAAUCCAACCAUGUACUGAAUGGUUGCAUGCCUCCAUGCAUAUGAUUAAAGGGAUUCAUUGAUAAUCUCCAGCUCAGAAGCAACAAUGUAGCAAUAUGACCUUGAAUAAUGAUUGGCCUCACUAGAGAAGCUUUCAUUAGGCACUAGGGCACUGCUGCUGCAAAUGGAAACAGCCUACAAAGUUUUUUGCCAUACCAUAAACCUUACUGAUACUGAAUUAGUAAGGUACUGGAGCUAUUAGCUAUAUUUAUUGAUCUAUCUAAUGUAGAAUCUAUACUUGGUGCUGCCCCUCAUUUCCCCCAAUUUUGAUCGCCCAAUUCAGCAGAAAUUCUUUAUGGAUGUAUCCUGCCAAACUGACCUAAUAGAUUCAAGAAUCUGUGUUCCAUUGAAUCAUCUCAGGUGCUUAUUCAUGUCGCUUUGUUUUCAAGCUAUGCUGUACAACCCUUUGUGUUGUAUUAAUAAUCAGAAGCUAACUUGGUCUCAAGCUCAGAGCAAUGUCCUUGUUUAGAAGAAGGCUGUGGGUCAGGAUUGUAACAGAUGGACGGUCGCCGUGGACGGUUGGUAGCAGGGCCGUGGCUCAUGGCGUCAUGUCCCUUCCUGAUCCGUGGAUCAGAAGACAUGCUUUCCGGCUACUGGGACAGAAGACACACUUUCCGGCUAUUGGGACAGAAGACAGAACCGUAGUAAAUGGGCAGAUGGGUGGCUGGGUGGUGUCGUCUCCUACCUCAGGUGGCUGGAUUCUUCCAUUAGCAAGAGCAGUCAUCUCGGUGGAGCACCUUCAGCAGAACAAGACUGCCACUACCGGUGAAGAUGGAGUUCUUGAUGCAGCCGAUUAGAGGGUGUGAAUCUGAACCAUUGAUCCACCAUUCUAGAGGAGGUUAACGAUAGCGACAUCCCGAUGGAGCCGCUGCAUUCCCCAGUCGCCACACCGGUUGUCGAGCAGCAGCUCGUGUCGAUGCAGGCAGUGAGCGUCAAUGGCCAGAUCUGUACGGCGCAGACGGCGGCAGAUGCUGAAAGGGAGGUUCACCGCAGGCAUCAGGGUAGUCGAUUGGCUGGAAGAACCCUAAAGCUCCUGGAUGGACCCGAAGCCAAUUUGUCAUCGUACUUAAUAACAAGUAUGGGAAUUUGAACGCUUACGAUGCCUUAGAAAUAAUAACUGCUGCUGCCGGUGAUGGAAUUCCUAAUGCAGCCGAUCAGAAGGUUCCCUUUGGUCGGCGAUUUGGAAAAAAGUCAAAUUGUUCAUAGAUCUGCCGGCUAUCGGGACAGUGGCGUCUUUCCGGCCCUGGGCAGCAGAAGAACUGCCGGUGGAAUUCGUGAGCUCAGACGCGCCAAUUUGUGAGGAACAGGCAGGCAUGGAUGGAAGACGGGAGAGCUUGCCCCAGUUACCCGAGCUGUUGACGGGCAAAAUGAACCCGCAAAGCAAGCACCGGGCUGGUAAAAAAGGUGCAUUUCAAAAACUAUUUGUGUCUUGCAUUUUGGAAAUUGCUGGAUUGGAAGUAAUCUAGGCUGGGUGGAUGUGUGAGAGUACUCUUGGAUUUGCUAGCCGGUCGAAGUGCGAUGUUCCUGAUAGUGCACUGCUAUUAAGAUUGACUAGGAAAACACUUGCAUUACCCACACGUCAAUAGAUAUUGAUUUUCGCUC